AUGGUCACCAACACUGGUGUUAUCUCUGUUCAGGCGGACGACCCCAAAUGGUUAGUAGAUCAGAUGUUGGAGAAGCACGUAUCGAAAGUCGUGAAGCCUCUGAAGGGCGCUCAGGUGGACACAGACAGUUUCUCGGAAGCUCUCAAACCGCGGUAG